AUGGCCGCGCCGGCCAAGGCGACGACGCCCCGCCUCCAUGUGACGGACUCGGGCAAGAUCCAAGACCAGUACUACCAUGCACAGGCGAGCUCUCGGACGAUGGGCCUCCUCAUGCGCCGCUCCAUGGACCACCGGCGGUCCAAGCAGUCCAAGCACAAGCGCGCCGAGGACCGCUUCACCGACGCCGAGAUUGCAUUCGCCGGCGAAUUGACCAAGCAAGGCUCCUUUUGGCGCACGUGGCGGAAGCGCUACUUCAUCUUGCGGCGUGACCGCCCCAUGCUAUGCUACUACUCGUCGUCCAAGGAGCUCACGAAGCUUGGUGAGAUGACGUUGGAUGCCGAUACCAUCAUCGAACCUGUCGAGUCGUCGUCCUCGUCGUGCUUCUUCUCCAUCAAGACCAAGCACCGCAAGCUCAUUGUCAAUGCGAGCGACGGCGGCGACGCUUACAUGCGCGCGUGGAUCGAUGCGCUCAACGUCGCGGUUGAAUCCUGUCGAACGACCGUGCCCUUUGCCUUCAAGAACGCGACGCCGAUCUCCGACCACGACAGCGCCAGCGUCCGUGGACGCAAGUCCAGCGGCGCGCUCGACAUUGUCCGGCCAUCGCUGACGUCCUUGGCGUCGGAUGCGCCGCCGCCCAUCAUGCCCUCCAUCAUCCACACGACCGAUUUCGCGCCACCGUCGCCACGGCGCGCGUCCAGCAGCCGCGAAGCCUCACCCGACUACCGCUCGUCCGUACCGACAUUCUCACCCGCCUUUUUCGCGCAACUGCCGCCUCGCCCGCAAGACGAGAGCUUGAGCAUGCGACGUGCGCGAAGCCUCAACGAGCUGCUGAACCGGACGCGUGUCGCCCGCGCGUCUGACAGCGGUAGCAACGACAGCAACGCCAAGCCGGCGCCGACACUCAUUGCGAGCAGCUGGACCGAGCGCAACCACAGCGCAUCGUUUUUAUCACGGACGGCCGCGACCGAGGCUGCCGACCACCGCGGCUUUGGCCUCCAGUGCCAGAGUCUGAGUCUGGUGCACAUACGGCCGCCCGACGCGCUCCACUUUGCCAUUUCGUUUGGCUCGAUCGAGAAGGUGCCGCACAGCGUGCCGCUCCUCGUCGUGCUCAGCGUCCUCAACUGGGAGCCGGACGAUGCGUCGUCGAAGAAGCAGGCCAUGACCGAAGUCGCGCGCACCGAAGUCGAGCGCACGAACCACUUGCGUCCGUGCGGCGACCGCCUCGUGCGCGACUUCCAAGGGCUCGUCGCGCUGCCGCUGUUCCUGCUCGAGCCGCGCAUUGUGCUGCAGCUCGACGUGUACAUUGUCUCGAACGAAACGACCGAAGCGCUCAAGCACCACAAGCUGCUCGGGUACUUUACCAUUGCGGCUACCGACCUCGUCGCCGACUCGGACGACGGGACGCCGCUGCUCAUGGACCUGCGCCACGACGGCCGGAGCACGACGAACAUUCUCGGGAGCCGGAAUUUCCUCGUGCUCGAGCAGGUCGCGACACCGCCUCCGUAUGCGCUCGCGCACGGGUUUACGUUUGCGACGCACCAGUUUCUGGCCGACACGGCCGAGACGUCGCCGCCCAACGAGCCGCCGCUCACCGACGAGCCGCGCGUCGGACCCCGGGCCGCGACCGACGUGCUUUUGUCGGAGGAGAUGUCGGCGAGCUACUGCUCGCUCACGGUUGUCCGCGCCUAUGUGCAGAUGCUCCAGACGCGCAACGCGACCCGGAUCGCCGAGACGCGCGAUAUUAUCCGCAACAUGGAAGCCCGCGACGUGCAGCGCUCAGUCAUGACGUCACCGCACGCGAGUGACGCCGCCGUGGUCUUUGCGGACACGGACGACGACGUGGAGAAGAGCUACACGACCUACCUCGAGGUGCGCGCGCGCCUCAUUGAGCUUAACAAGCUCCAGUCGACGUACGAAAGCAUGGAGCGCCGGUACAGCGCGCUCGUGUCCAUGGUCGACGACGGGGCCGAGCACGGCAUCACGAGCUGCCUCAAGCGCAGCACGAUGAAGAAGGAUCCGAGCGUCGAGUUCAUGCCGACGAACCUCGUGUGCCAUUUGCUCCGCGCGUCGCUGCCGAACCACGACGAGAUUGUGUGGUCGACGAUCACGCACGGGUGCGCUGCGGCCCACUUGCUUGGCUUCAAGGACGGCGGUCUGCGGCGCCUGCUCCAGAACGGCCGGUCGCUCCAAGAAGACCAGAUCGAGUACCGUCUGGACGUGGUGCUGUGUCAGCUCUUGUCGGUCAUCGCGGCGGCCUUCUUGAGUUAUGUGCAGCUCGCCGCCGACGACGUGCACGAUGUCUCGGGCGCCCGCCUCCGCAUGCUGCCGCGCGUCGGGUUCCUACUCGACAUCGAGUCGCUCUUGAGCACCGCCGGCAACGAGAAGGGCAUGCUCGAAGACAUGGCCGAGGGCGUCAAGUACGUCAACCAGAAUGCCGUGUAUUUUCAGAUUACGCCGGCGGCAUCACCAUCGGGGCACUGCAUCUCGAUGGCGACGGACGAAGGUGGCGCGAUCGUGCUGCAGGUCGCCCUGCCAUCCGUGCUCUUCGCCAAGCUGCCGCUGAGUUUUCAUGCGCAGCCACGCAUCCAGGUCCACGCGGUGCUCUUCACGCAGGGCAUCAACGAGCGCCAAUCGGUCGCCAACACGGUCGGCGACACGAGCGUCCAGGAAGACAUCAACGUCGAGAGCAUGGUGACGCUCGCCGCGUACGUCGAGCAGUACGUGACGCUUGGCGUCUCGCACGAGCCGUCGCUCUUGCCGCUGGCCGAGAUCCAGUCGCAGCUCGCCCUCGUCGUGACGGCCGUCGAGUCGCAGAAGAAAUCGCUGAAAAACGUCAACGUGCUCGUGGACUCGAGCUACCUCUGCCGCCUCGUGGGCGCGGGACGGACGACGUGCUGCAAGUCGGGGAAAGACCGAACGGCCAUGUCGGUCACCCUCGAGCUCACGCGCUUAUUGGUCGACGUGGUCGGCGUCAAGCAGGGCAUGUGUCUCUGUCAAGCCAUGCGCGAGCGCGGCGUCCGGCGGACCAACGUACUCGUCAAUACCGGCAAGACCAUGUACGCUUUCAACUCGCUUCAGCUCAAGUGCCUUCCGGCCUGCUACAAACCACCCGUCGCGACGGCGAACGCCAAUGUCGCGUCCUAAUCGUCUCGAAGGACAUAAUCGCCCUAUUUAAACAUGAGGAAUUUUCUAGCCUGU